CUUCUGCAAAACUUCUUUCUGCAAUAUACAAUACGAAUAUCAAGCAAAAAGAAGAGAGGCUAUGUCAGCUCCUUGCUCUUCUGUCAGUGUCUCUGGUAUGACCCAGCUCUUCUUGUCAAGCUAGUCCACAGACAGAAUAUGAUCAGAAGAGCAUGUCCUGUGGAUCCAGGCAAACCCGAUUUCACAUCCUGGAUCUACAAGUAUCAGAAUUUCUUUCAUCACGUUUGAAUAAAUCACUUAAAGAAAACUCAUAGCUCCAUUGCACCAUGUGCGGGAUUUGGGCCCUCUUUGGUAGUGAUGACUGCCUUUCAGUGCAGUGUCUGAGUGCUAUGAAGAUUGCACACAGGGGUCCAGAUGCAUUUCGUUUUGAGAAUGUCAAUGGAUACACCAACUGCUGCUUUGGAUUUCAUCGGUUGGCAGUGGUUGACCAGCUGUUUGGAAUGCAGCCAAUUCGAGUAAAGAAAUAUCCUUAUUUGUGGCUCUGUUACAACGGUGAAAUCUACAACCACAAGAAGAUGCAACAACAUUUUGAAUUUGAAUACCAGACCAAAGUGGAUGGUGAGAUAAUCCUUCAUCUAUACGACAAAGGAGGAAUUGAGCAAACAGUUUGUAUGUUGGAUGGGGUAUUUGCAUUUAUUUUACUGGAUACUGCCAAUAAGAAAGUGUUCCUGGGCAGAGAUACUUAUGGAGUCAGGCCUUUGUUUAAAGCCAUGACAGAAGAUGGAUUUUUGGCCGUGUGUUCAGAAGCUAAAGGUCUUGUUAACCUGAAGCACUCCACGACUCCUUUUUUAAAAGUGGAGCCAUUUCUCCCGGGACACUAUGAAGUUUUGGAUUUAAAGCCAAAUGGCAAAGUGGCCUCCGUGGAAAUGGUUAAAUAUCAUCACUGUAGAGAUGAGCCUCUGCAUGCCCUCUACGACAAUGUGGAGAAACUCUUCCCAGGUUUUGAGAUAGAAACUGUGAAGAACAACCUCCGGAUCCUUUUUGAUAAUGCCAUUAAGAAACGCUUGAUGACAGACAGAAGGAUUGGCUGCCUUUUAUCAGGGGGCUUAGAUUCCAGUUUGGUUGCUGCCACCCUGUUAAAGCAGCUAAAAGAGGCCCAUGUUCAGUACCCUCUCCAGACGUUUGCAAUUGGCAUGGAAGACAGUACUGAUUUACUAGCUGCUAGAAAGGUGGCAAAUCACAUUGGGAGUGAACACCAUGAAGUCCUCUUUAAUUCUGAGGAAGGCAUUCAAGUCCUGGAUGAAGUCAUAUUUUCCUUGGAAACUUACGAUAUUACAACAGUUCGUGCUUCAGUAGGUAUGUACUUAGUUUCCAAGUACAUUCGGAAGAACACAGAUAGCGUGGUGAUCUUCUCCGGAGAAGGCUCAGAUGAGCUGACGCAGGGUUACAUAUAUUUUCACAAGGCUCCUUCUCCUGAAAAAGCUGAGGAGGAGAGUGAGAGGCUUCUGAAGGAACUCUACCUGUUCGAUGUGCUCCGGGCAGAUCGCACCACUGCUGCCCACGGCCUUGAAUUGAGAGUCCCCUUCCUGGAUCAUCGAUUUUCUUCCUAUUACUUGUCUCUGCCCCCAGAUAUGAGAAUUCCCAAGAAUGGGAUAGAAAAACAUCUCCUGAGAGAGACCUUUGAGGACUCCAACCUGAUACCUAAAGACAUUCUCUGGCGGCCAAAAGAAGCCUUCAGUGAUGGAAUAACCUCGGUUAAGAAUUCCUGGUUUAGGAUUUUACAGGAAUAUAUUGAACAUCAGGUUGAUGACGCAAUGAUGGCAGUGGCGGCCCAAAAAUUUCCCUUCAACACUCCUAAAACUAAAGAGGGCUAUUACUACCGUCAAAUCUUCGAACGCCACUACCCGGGCCGGGCCGACUGGCUGACCCAUUACUGGAUGCCGAGGUGGAUCAACGCCACUGACCCUUCAGCCCGCACUCUGGCCCAUUACAAGGCCGCUGCCAAAGCCUAGGGCUGUCUGCGCAAGUCAGUGCAAGGAAACGUUCCUCUUGCAGAGAGCAGGGCCUGGGGGCAGGAGGGGAGCGGUGAGCGUCAGCCACUCAGGCUCCCUGGGCCUGAGAAAAAAUAAAAGUCUUAAAUC